AUGCUAAUUAUCUAUCUAUCUAUCUAUCUAUCUAUCUAUCUAUCUAUCUAUCUAUCUAUCUAUCUAUCUAUCUAUCCUCUGCUAUGCACAUGGCUCCAGACAAGAUUAUUUGGCGUAGAAGAAGUCAUUUUACAUAAUUCCUUACAAGAGGCCAGGCUUCUCUCUUCUACGAAUAAUGACAACCAAAAGGGAAUUGCAAAUACUUGUAUACUGAAAACUUUUGGCUUACAUAUCUAUCUAUCUAUCUAUCUAUCUAUCUAUCUAUCUCUAUUUUCUUAUAAUAAUCAUUCUCUCUCCCUCUCUUUCUCUCUGCCUAUGCAUUAUCUAUCUAUCUAUCUAUCUAUCUAUUACGUUUUAUUAUCUAUUACAGUUUAUUAUCUAUCUAUCUAUUACACUACAUUGUUCUCCCUACUAAACCUGAUUGUUCGUACUUACCCUUUUUUAUCUAUCUAUCUAUCUAUCUAUCUAUCUAUCUAUCUAUCUAUCUAUCUAUCUAUCUAUCACGUUUUAUUAUCUAUUACAGUUUAUUAUCUAUCUAUCUAUCUAUCUAUCUAUCUAUCACGUUUUAUUAUCUAUUACAGUUUAUUAUCUAUCUAUCUAUCUAUCUAUCUAUCUAUCUAUCUAUCUAUCACGUUUUAUUAUCUGUUACAGUUUAUUAUCUAUCUAUCUAUCUAUCUAUCUAUCUAUCUAUCUAUCUAUCACGUUUUAUUAUCUGUUACAGUUUAUUAUCUAUCUAUCUAUCUAUCUAUCUAUCUAUCUAUCUAUCACAAAUGA